CCUCGCAACUCGAAGCUAUAAAUUAUAAUUAUGUUUACUGCGAAAGUAUAAACCGACAUCAAUAAUGACCACGUAGGAGCCUAAAUCACGUGUCUACGAUAUGGACCCCAACAAUGAUAGUAAGGUGGAAUGCGAUGAUGAGUCUUUUUUCGUUCAAAAAAUGAGAAGACUCAGUUUUGAAGCUGACAAGGAUGAACUGGAGACGAUAGCCACUACUUGUCCACAAUCACCACCUAAUAGAUCUCUGUUGAUUACACCUGAGGUCGGUGUGAAUUCUUCUACACCAUUUCUUCAACCCAGGGUCUUACACAAAUUGCAACCACAAAGAGGGCAGUCACCGUUGAGUGACGAAUCUAUUCAUACUAAUAAAUUUCGCUUGUCCAUCAAUCCAUUUACACCAACAGGCAUCAAUAUAUUAAAAAACAAAAAUCGCAAAAAAUUGAGUAUGGACGAAAAUAGUAGUUCCCUUAGUAGUGAAUACUCUAGUCAUAAUAGCAGUAGUAACCUAUCUACUCCGCCCAACAAUAAGACUGUAACCUCCAUCAAUCCAGUCAUCAGAGAUCUUAUGAACGAAGGUGAAGUAACCAAUGUUAGUAUAUAUGAAUUGCAAACUUCACGAUUCAAUGAAGAGUUUAGAAUGGAUGAUUUUAUCGCUACUGGUGCUUUUGGUGAGGUAUUCAAGUGUACAAAUUUAUUAGAUGGAAUUUCAUAUGCUAUUAAAAAAACCAAGAAGACAAUAUAUAAAAGCCAAGAGUAUUUUAUUCGUAAAGAAGUAUAUGCACACUCAGUGAUAAGACGUCAUCCAAAUAUUGUCUCGUAUUUCACAGCAUGGCAUGAGGGAGGCCAUAUUUAUAUUCAAACAGAAUUUUGUAAUGGUGGUACUCUAGAACGUAUGAUUCAUGAAUCUGAUCAUUUGUUUUGUGAUAGUGCUCUAAGACGACUGUUAUGCCAUAUAUGCAAAGGUCUUGCUCACAUUCAUUCAAAAAAGCUUGCUCAUUUAGACAUAAAAGCAGCUAAUAUACUGAUAUGCCAUACACAAGGUGCAUUGCUAUUUGCUGAAGAUAUAGAUGAUGAUGAAACAAUUGAUAAUGAUAUUAUAUAUAAGAUUGGAGAUUUUGGGCAUGCAGUAUGUGUUGAAAAUGUUCAGAGCAUUGAAGAUGGAGAUUGCCGUUAUUUACCUAAAGAAAUAUUACGUGAUGAUUAUUCUCAGUUACAGAAAGCUGAUGUAUUUUCAACUGCACUGACUGUGUAUGAAGCAGCAACUAAAAAAGAUUUACCUAAAAAUGGACCAGAAUGGCAUCACUUAAGGGAUGGUGGAUUUUCAUUACCCCAAAGUCCAGUCUUUAGUACAGGACUAGAAAAAAUGUUGAAAAAAAUGGUUGAUUUGAAUCCUUCAAAUAGGCCAAAUGCUUCAACAGUUUUUAAUCUUUUGCUUAACAGAGGAAUGGCUGCUAUUAAACAACAGCAAGAUGAAAUGGAAUUAUGGAAAUUAAGCUCAAAUUUUCUAUGCUAUUCUGUUGAAACUCAAACACCAACAAAAAAAACUAUUGGACAGAGAAAGUAUGAAAACUUAAAAAUGUACCGUUCUAGAAAAGAAAGAAAAAAUGAAAGAUUAGUUGGAAGAAAAAUGAUCAGAUCAUGUAGUAAUCCUAAUGUUUAACUUUUUUAAACUAAAUAAUAUUUAUUUAAUUUUUAACUAAUUGUUUUCUUUAUUUUUAUUUUCAAGUAAAGAGAUUGUCUAAUACUCAUGAGGUAGUAGAAGAAAAAAUAUUUAAUU